AUGGAGUCCAUCAAGCCACGGCGAGGUCUCGUCAUCAAAGACGAGGAGGCCCACGUGUUUGUCGAGGGCUUCGUCAAAAAGAUGGAAGCCAUUGCCGCGGAAGACUUGGAGGAUUUCCAGCAGGGAAAGCCCAUGUUGAAGAAGUUGCAGAUGCUUCCAGAGGCAAGAGAGGUGAUGGAGAAAUUCCAGUUUUCCGAUGCCUUCAUUGCGUAUGGUGGGUGCAAGGUCCUUGCAGUCUGGCUGCAGAAUCUACCUAGUGGGCAGCUGCCGUCGGUGCACAUCCGCUCCGUGCUGCUGGAAUGCAUGGAGCGCCUGCCCAUCACCAAAGAUGCCUUGCGCGAAGCCGGGGAACCCCGCCUGGGACAGGUCGUAGCCAAACUCCAGACCCAUCCAGAGGAGACCCCGCGCAACCGAAAGCGUGCACGAGGCUUGGUGCAGAGAUGGCUACGCCAGAUAAUGAUCCCAGAUGAAGCGGAUACUUUGGAGGGCUUCCUGGCCGAAGGUGAUAAGGUCGGGAGCAUUCCGAGACCGCCGCCAGAGACCGAAGAGAGCUUGGCCCUGCAGGAGGAAGAGAGCGCCAAGCGCCUUCAUCCUGCUGUGCCGGUCAUUCAGGGCAAGGAAUACGUGAUCCAGCCGAUUUCCACUGCACAGCCCAUUGCUCGCGAGAAACCGGCCAAAGACACCUAUCAGGGCAAGCUCGACGAAGUCUUAAAAGUCAUGGCUAGGCCAAACAAGAGGUCUUGGAAGCCUUACUCCGUAUCUAUUGCUGGCAGACAGCUGAAUGCCGAAUGA